CAGAGUAAGGAAAGAAACUACACUUUUAUCUCUGUUCUGAUUUUAAAAAGAAACCAAACUUCUGUCUCUGCGCUGUGGUAAUUGUACUAAAAUCCUAGCAUAAAAGGCAGCAGAAUAUGACUUUCUAGGCUUGAGGAGAGAAACUCGGAGACUCCCAGCACAUGGACUAUCAUUCGUUUUGUAAGACAGGGGAAAGGGUAAAAAUUGCUGAGUGUUGUUGAUGCAUGGGCAUAGCAAAAGGACACAGCAGCAGUUAGAGACACAUUUUGUAGGGCAUACAGGAAUCACAAAGGCUAGCAGGAUAAACAGCAGUUAUUUCUUCUAGUGCUACAAAUGUGUAAACCUUUGUAAAAGUCAAAUAUGAGCUAAUUAUAUAAAGACUUUUUUUAAAUUUUAAUUUUUAUUAUUAAUAAGGCUGAGUGAAGUUUCUCCUCUAUUUUAGACUUCAGGGGAUUUUUUUUUUCUGUUCCGCCAUUAUUUUUCAUGUUUCUCUCACAGGAGGCAUUUUUAUUUCCUUUUUUUUUUUGCUGUAAAUACCAUCCCUAAUAUGAUGUCACCACAAGACAUAACAUUUUAAUUAAAUCUCUCUUUCGCUGUCCUUUGACAGGCCCGUGGCUGCCCGGCGCUGUGAUUCAGUGACACGUGUGAGUUACCAGCACAGGGGGAAUUCCACCCUGCCCCGAAAAACAUGUGGCUGCUGCUCCUCGGGCAUCCCUGCUGGGCUUGUGCUGCCGCCGCUCCCCGCUGCCUCCUUCUGCCUGCUCUUCUGCCGUACGGCCGUCAGGGGAAGAGGCUGCUUGAGCCAAGUGAAGCAUCACAGCAGCCGGGCCGGCAUCGCCGCCCGGGGCCCGCGCACGCCGCCUCUCCCCGCGCAUCCCGCGCUGCAGCCGGCCGGGCGGAGGGGAAGGAAGGCAGGCAGCGCUCGCAGCCCUGGGCCAGCAGCUGGCAGGCCGGGGCUGCGAGGUGGCGGCAGGGGAGCAGCCGGGCCGUGACUCACCCGGGGAAUGUCCUGGCACGGGCGGCCGCGGCUCCGGGUGCCGGUGACGCAAGGCGCUCGGCUCGCCCUGCAGAGCCCCCGCGGGCAGAGCCCGCCGGGCGGGAGCGCCGCCCCGCAGCCAGCGCCGCGCUCGGCCGCGGCCCUGCCCCGGCCGCUGCCCAGCGCAGCGACAGCCCCGAGCCCCAGAGGGAUUUGGGGAUCGCACCUGCGGGCGAGGCUGCUCAAACCAGCAGAAGCGACCCGGAGAAAAGGGAUUCUGGAGUCUGGAGUUCCCUUUUGGGGCUUGCGGGGGAUCCGUGCCUCACACCAGCACAGCAUCCUGCACCUCCCUUCAGGCUCCUGGAAUGACCUCACAGGGAGGCACUGCACAGCUUCCUCACUUGCAGCAAAAUCAUGCCAGGAUCCACAGCUCAAGAGUCAAAUAUAUUUACUGGAGGGGGGUUGUUUGUUUAUUUUUGUUGGUUUGGGUGUGUGUGUGUGCGUGUUUGUUUUGGGUUUUUUUUUUUUUUAGGAAUUUAUGUGCAGUGUAAGGAGAGAGAAAAACUCAGUGUUAGCAUUUCACAGGUUUUCUCUAAUGCUCUCUUACAUUACCAAAAGUUAGACUUUGUCUGGCAUUAUUUGCACUCCCACUGAAAACAGAGAAUUGUUAGAGGGAAACUUGAUAUUUUUUGCAGGGGUACGCAGGGCAGCAAAGGGGUAAAAGAAGUCCCCUGAGCAAUAGAUCUCAUCAAAUGCAGUUUUAUAUGGAUUUCUCUCCUUUGACAGGUUGAUUUUUUGAACUGGAUGUUAUUAAGACUCUGUUAUUUCAGUCUUGCAUCUAUGCGAGUUUCUCUGCUUUUCCUUUCUCUCUGCUUAGUCCUCUUGAAGGUAAGAUGGCUACACCACAACAACUCUGGUGUCCCCUAGCAGAAAUCAACAGGUUCCUGAACUGGACAGGUAGACGUAUAGCCCCACUUUCUUCUAUCUCAAAUGCAUUAUUUUAUAAAAUGUAAUUACUUAAUUAAGGAUCUCAAUUACUUUUGUGACUUCUAUUUUUCUGUCAGAUUUAACUCAAACAAGCUAACAAGUUAAAAAGUCACACAACUAGCCUAAGUGAGAGAGGGGAUGCCUGAGGGGGCCAAGCAGAGGCCUUGCUUCCAUGGGAAAUGAGGAUGAAGUCAGUCCAGUAAGGACAACAGAGAAGCAAAUAGGAUGCACACCAUACUAAAGGAAAGGACUAUGAUACCAAAGAGCUUCAAUGCAUCAAGCAGCUUAGUCCAUUAUAUUAAUUUCUCACUAAUGAGCAUCCAGGAGUUGAAUCCAAAGAGUGCCUCCUGCUUCACGGUGAGUCAUUGCUUCCAUCCACAGAGGGCGAAGGGAGGCUUGGAGGGCUUCCUCAGAGGCAUGUGCUCCACAGAGGGUAUCAUUCACAAAGCUUUUAGUGCUGCUGCUGCUAGACUCUCUGAAUCAUUGGGCUAUUUCCGUGGUGCCUGGUGGGAUGCAGGUCUUGUGGCAUAGGGGUAGUGAAACUCGAUGCUUCCUGAGUGCAGUGAGAUGCUGAAGUGAGGAACCAGCUUUGUCUGAGCGUGCUCCAGCAGUAAGAUUUGCUUGGUCAUUACUGCUUUUGGCUGGAUGCUGGCCAUUGCUGUGGCCUCCAAAGUUCACCCCUAGGCUCUAUCACAAGUUCCUUCUCUGAUCACUGCAGUCACCAGGAGUUCAAAAUUCAUUUCCUUGAAAAAGAGAAGCCCUUUUCUGUUUACCUGGAACCUGUUUUUCACCUCUAAGAAAUGCUCUCAAAUUCUGGUAAACUCAUUUCUGUCCCAGACAUUUCUGUAAAGUCAGAAAACACUCCUCCUUCAGCCUGUGCUGCUUCUCUACUCUGCUGGCUGCCAGGUACCAGUCAGUGAUGUGCAGCAGCAGCAGCCUUUAGUGCCUGGGUGCCUCAAGUAUGCACCUUGUGAGAUGAAGAGGGUAGCAAGCACUUCUGAUUCAUUAUUCAGUUUCCAUGGUGUUAAAACAGAGGGUGAGUCAUGCACACUUUUGCAGUUGUCAUCCCUGGAGCACCUAUCCAGCCAUGCAACUCUGGAGCUGCUAACUCUCCACCUUUCAUUUUGGGAGCCUGGGAUAUGCAGUGCAGAGGCCCCAUGCAGGUGGCUGAGGGUGCUCUGCAAGGGCCUGAGAUUAGGGCCCUCACACACAGCAGAUUCGUGGUCUUGUGCACAUGUUAGAAGUUGCUUGCUGAGCCCAUGGCAGUGACUGUGGCACCAGAGUAUGCACUGCACAUGGGCACAGCUACGCCUACUUGCCAAAUACACAAUAAAGACACUCCCUCCCGAGUCCCACACUGCUGGCACUUGAACAGGCAGUAAAAGUAACCGAGUGGCCAUCAUCUGGGAAAAAAAAGACUUGAGUCGAACUCAGUGGCAGCAGAGCUCAGUGGCAGCAUGAAGUCCUGACUGUGUGACUGUAAGGAGCUGAGGAGUAAAUAUAGCUCUGGAUUAGUGAUUUCAAGGCUGAUGGAUCAAAUUUUGAAUACUGAUGAUGCAAAUCAGUCUUGGAUUUUGCAUCCACAGGGCAGGAUAUAUCCAGAGGGCAGAAUGUAACUCAAAAAGAAUAUUGGAAACAUAGUGUCUCAGCUGAUCAACACGGUAAGGUAUAGUAAUGGAGAACAGGGAGGGAAAUGUCAGCACAUCACUCACACAAUGUAUAUAUAUGUAUCUAAUACACACAUGCUGACAAACAAUGGCUUGCCAGCUUCCACCAACAUACUGGUGGCAAUUCAAGUGGUUUGUGGAGAGAGAGCUGGCUGGAGACUCACAGGUACAGCUCCUUGAGGUCCUCAGUGUUUAGGAUUUCUUGGUUUUCAGACACAUUAGUUCAGGGUACAGAGUCACAUAGGACUGAGAAUCCUUUUGUCCACUUGGACAGGCUAGAGAUCAAAUGCUCUGUGUUUGUUGUCCUGUGCCUGAAGCCCUUUCCAGCUCAGUAGUGAACAGUAAAACACUGUCGGGAGAGUUGUCCUUCCUUGUUUUCCUGUAAGUCAUUUUCACAUCUUUUAAGGCACCUUUCGCCCUACGUUGUGUCCCGCCCGACUGUCUGAGGAGCUCUGCCAAGAUCGCAGAAAGAGCAGUCUUUGUGCCGAGCCCCUUUGUGCCCAGGGCCUUUCCCUGCACGGCCCGGGGCCGCCGGCAGCA